AUGUUCAAAGCCCUGAUGGGCGGGGGCCGCUCGUCGUCCUCAUCCGACGUUCGCAGCAGUUCAAAGAGCAGCCGGCGCAAGUCCGAAAAACCCGACAAGUCCGACACAAGGUCGAUCUCAAGUCGCAAGUCCUCACGGGGUGACGACCGUGACCGCGGCCUGGGUGAUUUGUCGUCCUACUCGCCAUCAGCUCCCCGCAGUAAGCGUGGCCCACCUAGCAUCGCCGGCGACUCCAUCGCAUCAACCUAUGUGACCGCCGAGCCAGAAGCCAUUGAUGACUCCGAUCGCUACUAUAUUGAACGUACACCGAAACGCGGAGACAGUGAACGGGAAGGCAAGAGUUCUCGUCGGCGCGACCAGGGCCGAUCCGAAAGCCCAGAGCGUGAAAAGAGACGGAGCCGCCGAGGAACACAAGAUACUGUGGAUGAUGACUUGGAUCGGGAGCACGACCGUCGCGACCGUCGUCGCACCCAGUCGGGGGAUCCGUAUGUUCCUCCGAUCGCCACAAACAUGCCGCCUAGCGCCCCCGGCGCGCAGUUUGCCGCCGAGAUUGGCGCCCCGGGAUUCUCGCAGUUCCCCAUGCAAUACGACACUGGGAUGCCAUCUGCAGGCCAUUCCCCAGCGCAUGAAGUUCCAUAUGACCCGCACGUGCAGCAACAAUUCCCCGGCCAAUUCCCAGAGCAAGUUGCUGCACCGUAUCGGCCGCCCAACCCCGCCGGCGCUGCGGCAGACUACUAUGGUGACCAAGGCCAGUCUGUUGAGCACCAGCCCGGUAUUCGACCGGCUCCCCCAAGUGUGCUUCCUAAUACUCAAGCACACCUAAUGGCAGCAUCUCCAUCGGCUAACCCACCCCCGGAGCCCAGUAGCUUGGGCGAGACUGGUGCGGCGGCGGCCUACUUCGAUGAUGAUUUCCAUGCUCCGGCACAGCAAGGCCAGCCGCCGGCAAUGUCUUCAUCUAGACCCCCGAAACCGUCUAAGCCUUCGAAGCCUUCUUCAUCGGGCGUUCUUCCUGCUGCCGCUGUUGGGGCUGCCGCCUAUGGAAUUAGUGGUAUGAUGUCUCACUCUGAGUCGCAUUCCCCUCCGCAGCACACUACUUCGUACACCCAGCAGGGUCAGCCAGUGGUACACGGCCAGCCAAUGGAAUACGAUCAACCGAUGGCAAGCAGCAGCCACAAGCCUCCCACCAAGCCGUCCCAUUCUCAUAGCGUCAGUGAAGGUGUUGGUCUUGCGGCUGCAGGUGCUGCAACGGGGUACAUGAUGGGUCAUCACCAUCACUCUUCCAGCCCCGAGCACGCGCAACAAUACGCUUUCCAGCACCACGAGCAAUCCUCUCAAGCUGGUGGUAUGCUACCGUAUGCCCCUGGCCAUAAUAAUGCUAUGUAUGCUGCAGGCGCGGGAGGGUAUGCUGCUCAUGCUGCCCACAACCCGGGUUUCUAUCCUCAUGGCCCUAGCGCGCUAGCUUUCCAAGAGCGUCAGCGUGGCGCCAUGGGAAGAUUCGUUGAUUUCUGGCGUGACCCCGAGGCCGUUGGAAGAUUUGAGGACUACACGGAAACUAUCGGAGUGUGCAAAUACUGUUUCCAACCUGGCACAAGCUCCCUCAAUGCCCCUCGCAAGCACCAUUAUCACAGACGCCGCCGACACUCCCCCGAUCGGCGGAGCAGUGGGAGCUCCAGAAUCAGCAAAAUUAGCCGAUACAACUCCUCCGAAGAUGAGGGCCGCCGGCGGCCAAAGUCCAAGAAGUCUUCUUCGUGGUUGCCUGGCAUGCUAGCCGGUUACGCGACCAAGUCACUCUUCUCGAGCAAGGAGUUUGAUGAUUCUUACAGCCUUCGCUCCGGCCGAGUGGCCUCCUCCCAUGGGGAAGAAGAUGACCGAAGGAGCCAUACCUCUCGUGGUGUGACCCGCCGUUCUGGCCGCAGUCCUCAGAGAGAACAUUAUGCAGACUCUAAGCAUGCACCUCAAUCUGGAUAUUCUCGGCACACACGCUCCCGAUCGCGGUCUUCCUCUCGAACUGACCGGCAUUCGUAUCUGAAGGAGGCCGCACUUGGUGCGGCAGUGGGUGGGGCUGCGCUGGCUGUUGCCAAGUCGCGUAAUCGCUCCCGCAGUCGUUCUCCUGAAAGACGACAGAGCCGAAAGGAUUCGUCCUCAUCAUCGUCCUUUGUCAAUCUUCCCAGGCCCGGCAAGAAGUCCAUCGCUGGUGGUAUCGGGUCUUUCUUCACUGCUUCUUCCGAAAACAGGAAGAAACGUCAUACCAAGAAGCGAAGCGGUUUCUUCUCUUUCAAGAGUGGCUCUUCAUCCUCUUCAUUGGACAAUGAUCUUGCUUUCGGAGAUGGGUUCUCGAAGAAGUCCUCCAAGCUCAAGAAGAAGGGCAAGAAGGGUAAAGAUGUGGAUGCCGCUUUGCUAGAACUUAGCGACACGGCAACCCGUUUGGCUGGCUCGUCGCCCCACGGUCCCGGGCGCACUGCAGGCCAGAUGUACACAGCUCGAUCUCGACAGUCCAACUACGCCCACUCUACCACACAGGAUGAAGAAUGGGUCGAUGCCGAGUCAGAGGACCAGUCUUCUUCAAGUGUUAGCUCUGCGCUCGCGUUCGGAGGAAGCAGCGCAGAGUCUUCCUCCGACUCCGCCAGCAGCAAAUGGGGCUGGAGAUGGGGAAGCAAGAAGGACAAGAAGAAGAAGGACAAGCGGUCGAGUGCUACAAAUGCCGCUCUGGUAGCUGGCACUGGUGCUAUUGGAGCCGCUGCAAUUUCUUCUGCUCAUCACCGUGAUAGCAACCCCCCAAGUAGGUCUGGGAGCCUGCAACAGGUUUACCCAAUGCCUACUUCCGACCCCUCUCGCUUUGAUGUUGCAAAGAUGUCCCCAUCUGUAUCUGCCGGGGAGCCAACUCCCAUCCGCCCGGGACCCAUUCCCCUUCGGCAGCCUCAGCCUUUCACCCCCGUCUCUCAGUCAGUGUACACUACCCAGGGAGCUGUGCCGGGAUCGAUCCCCGUGUAUAGCGCCUCAGCAGUCCCACCCAUCUUCGCCAGUGGAGUUGAACACUAUGGCUCGCAGUUCCAAGGCCCUCGUGAUGCAGCAUGGGCACCAGAAGAGUCAUCAUAUACCGACCGCCGGAGACCUCAUCGACGCAGUGAUUCCUCUCCUGUUUUCCCCACCCAGGAAACUGCUUCAAGCCUCAAGCGCCGGUUCACCGCUAAGGAUCAAGCCUCCGUGCAAUUCAACUUGACGGAAGAGCAAGCAGAGAGGGAACGCCACCUUACUCGGCGCGACAAGAACUACCGGGAUGAAGUUGCUGAUCAGCCGGUUCAACUGAUUGACCGAGAGGAAGAGCUGGCCCGCCAGGAAACUGAGCGUCGAGAGCGCCGCCGAAAGGAGCGAGAUGACGAGGAGCGCCGGUAUGCCGGCGAUAGAGAAAAGGACCCUUCGUCCUGGGUUGGUGUAGCAGCUGCGGGAGCUGUUGGCGCUGCCGCUGCCAGCACUAUUCUCUCUCGCAAGACAGACGAUGACGAAGCCUCUGAAGCCAGCCAGCGAUACAAUGAGCGUCGAGAGAAACGCCGCGCUGAGCGCAAGCGCGAUACUGAUGCAGCGGCGGAUACUUCGAUAGUGUCGCGGUUCGAGCCCGCUCAGCCCAUUGAUAAAGAAGUGACCGCGGUGGAACACCACGAAGACCAGAAGAAAGGGUCUCCUCGAUCUCCCCGUCCAGCACAGGUUUACGACGACUACGCAGAAUUUUAUGCCCCUGAGGAGAUACGACACAGCACAGAUGACCAUGCUCGGAGCAGCGGCUCCACUAAUAUGCCAACCAUCGUGGAGGUAGAGCCCGCUAGCGAACGACGUACACAAGAGGAGUCUGCCCCGGCAGAGGUAGACUAUUCAUAUGAACCCUAUCAACACGUGGACCGCCUCCCGUGGCCAGUCCCCGGGCUCAACUUCAUUGAGCCAACUCCUCCCCAGAGCGUGAACGGUGGUUCCCCUCGCGAACGACCAACCGGCUCCCGGGUCUCCUGGGGCGAACAUGAAACUCACGAAUACGAAAUCCCUUCUUCUUCUGAACAGGAUCCUCUCGAGCAUGACAUUUCCCCUAUUGAAAUUUCAGCCAAGGAUGUUCCUCUCCCGGCAUCCGAUAUAUCCCAAUCCCAGGGUAUCUCCAGCACAUCUGAGUAUGGUGCCGACAUUGAAUUCGCGGCCACAAUUGCUGCUGCGACCGCCGCAGCUGGGUUCGAUCCCUCCCUGAUAACUGACGAUCCCUCCUACCACACCCGCACUUCUCCUCCCGGGUCGGAGGACGAACACACAUUUACCUCACCCUGGUCUGCAUCGGCCCGGAAGGAGCCCCACGGCUUCGUUGAGGGCGAGCUCGAAGAAAUUGACCACAAAUCUACUAAGGAUAUCACUUCCGCUCCUGAACACGUGGUCCAGGACAAGGAUGAGCUUUUCUUCGACGAGCUGGAAUCCUUCUCAAGAGAUCGGGAUAUUUCCUCGGGACGCCGUGACAAGUCCUCGAUUGCCCACGAGGUUAUCGAGCAGCUGAAUGGCAAAUAUGGCAAGCGCGAUCGUACUGCUUCGCCCGAAAAAGACGUAGAUGUCUUCUCGAUGCCUGGUGGGUUUGAUACAGCCGAGUCUAGAGGCUUGGCUGAUGAAAGAUCUGUGGUCUCAGCGCCGGCGCCUGUUGCUAUGGACCCAGAGACCCCGACCAAGUCCAAGUCUAAGAAGUCGAGGCGGAGUGGCGAUGUCUUUGAUCUCCCGGAGUUCCAAGAGCGGGAACUAGCCGAGUCUCCUGUUUUAAAGGAUGAGACGUCGAAGUCCCACAAGUCCCGGAGCAGUGGUGACGACUUUGAGAUUUACGAGUCACGGGAGGCGUCUCCAUCUCGGGGUGACACUUAUUCUCUCGUCUCUGCUCCCUUCUCGAAGGACGAAACAUCCAAGUCUAAGUCUAGGAAGUCCAGGAGGAGUGGUGAUGACUUGGGCAUUGCUGAAUACCCGGAAUCAGUGGUUGCCGAGUCUCGCGAUGAUUCUUUCUCUGUUAUCUCUGCUCCUGUUUCGAAGGACGAGACAUCCAAGUCCAAGUCCCGCAAAUCUCGACGCAGCGGCGACGACUUCGAGAUCUACGAGUCACGUGAACCAUCUGAAUCUCGGGAUGACACCCGCUCGGUUACCUCUACUCCUGCCGGCAAAGAGUACGAGUCGUCCAAGUCAGGGAAAUCGAGACGUAGUGGGGAUGACUACGAUAUCACCAGAUCGCGAGAGAUCUCCGAAUCUCGUGACGACAACCGGUCUGUCUUCUCUGCACCUGUCUCGAAAGACGAGACAAGCAAAUCUCGCCGGUCUCGACGCAGUGGAGAUGACUUUGAUAUCUCCAGAUCGCGGGAUGUGUCUGAAUCUCGUGAUGAGACUCGUUCUGUAGUCUCUGAAUCAGCUAAGUCUAGAAAGUCUCGCCGCAGCGGCGACGAUUUCGAUCCACGUCGUGAUGCUGAAGCCGCACCUGACGAUGCGGAAGGUGGCGAGGAGAAGAAGAGACGUCGCAAGCGUCGAUCCAGGCAUGAAGGUGAUACUUUCUCUGUUGAUGACGAUGCUCGCUCCGCCAUUACGGACAUUGGAGACGACAAGUCUGAGCGCCGCAAGCAUCGUCACCGCUCAUCCCGGGAAGCUGACUUUGAUGACAAUGCCUCUAUAACCUCUUCUCCAGCUCGGAUUGACGAAUCCCGGGAGAAGCGCCGAGGCAAGGACGAGAAAGAAAAGAGCGGUGGCUUUUUGAGAAGUAUCUUUGGGUCACAAGUCUCGGCCCCAGCUGAGCGUGUUCGGUCUGACCAUUCCCGCUCUUCCUCGUUGGAUAAGCGCUCAUCCCGCGAAGCCAUAUCUGAAGCUGGUGUGGAUGAUGAACGCCGUCGCAAGAAGCGUUCUUCUAAGCACCGCAGCUCCAGCAAUGGUGAUGAGUUGGAUCGCUACAUGUCAGACAAGGAGAAGGGUACUCAGGAUGACACGAACCUGGAGGAAUACAGGUCCAGUAGACAGCAAAAGGAAGAGCGGCGUCGUCAUCGGUACGAGGAAAUCGUGGAUUCGGGAAGGAAACGGGAAUCUGAGAAGAGGCCCCGGAGCCAAUCCACCUCUCCCCCAGCCACAGAGAGGACGCUCGACCUGACCCCGAAGUCUUUGAGCCGCCCCGCUUCACCUGAAACAAGCCACCCCCAGGGGUCCCGAUCCCCCAAGCAACGCCGACACUCCGUGGCCAAGUCCACCACUGAAUCACCUACAGCCGUGCCUCUCCACUUUCGCCGGCCCCCAACUUCCCCAGGCCUCUCCCGCGCAGUCCCCGUUGAACAAGCCGCCCCCAUUGCCUCCCCAGGCUCCCCAAGCCAGCAACGCAACCGCCGGCCCGGGUCAGUCGAGUUCCGAAACUCGCGCGAGAUCCGCCCUCUAUGGCUCGUCGAGCGCCACAGUUUGAUCAAGGGCGAGCCUGAGACCGAGGAGCCCUUGCCAUCGCUCCCAUCCAGCAAGACUUCCUCCCGCGUCCCGUCAACAGAGAACCUAAGAUCCCUCCAUGACGACGACGGCCUUAAGAGCUGGGAGCAUGUGGAUCUGAGCCACUCAAUCAUGGAGAACCAGCGGCCGACUGGUCUGACCAUUUCAACUGACCAAGCGAAUGAAAGCCAUGAUCGAGACCUUGAUCUCCUUGGCUCGCAGCAGGCCACGCCUACCGCUGAACAUUUCCAGGAUGCAGAGUCCAGGAAGGAGAGGCCCAGAUACGAAUUCCACUCUCCCUCUGAGCUCCUGCAAGAUCCCGCUAUUCUGGACGAGCUGCCUCCUUCACCUACGCUCGAAGCCCUGCCCUCUGCAGAGGGCUCCCUUGUUGGCGUUGGCUCUAGGGAGCAAGAAACGCAGCGUACGCUUGACGCUCUCGAGGGCGUGUCCCGCCCUCAGCCUAAGCCGGAAAGCCCAACCCAAGAGAAAUGCUCGUUCCUCAGUGGCGUUGCGGACUUCGCCAAGGGCGCCGGCUUUGCCGGUGUUGUCGAUGCAGCUGCCAUUGCUGCUGCCAAGGAGCAUGAUAACUCUCGCUGCUUGCCUGCAGAUGAACCUGCCAAGGCCCAUGACUUCAGUGAUAUUGUCGACGCAGCGGUUUCCGCUGAUGGUUCCUCUCACUACCAUGACAAGGCACCCGUCGAUGAGGAGGCGCCCGCUGAGCCCGUUACUGCCAUCGAAGAGAAUUACCCCGCUGUGCCUGAGUCUGUGCAGCCGGAGAUGGACACAGCCAAGGAAUUUGUUCCUGAAUCGACUGAACAGCCUGUUGCUUCUGAUCUUCAAGCUCACCCCGAGACAGAAGUCGCUCCCGAUGAGGGCGCGGCUGCACAGUCUUCUAAGAAGAAGAACAAGAAGAAGAAGGGUAAGAAGAACCAGGUCCAAGAUGCGGAUCUGGGAGCCCCCGAGGAACCGCCCGCACAGAAAGAUUCGCCCGAGGGGUUGGUACAAGAACCUUCUGUGAAGCUGCCUGUGGUUGAGGCUGUUUUUGCUGAGCCCGAGGUUGUUGUUCCUGAGCCUGCUGAGGCAUCCCGCGAGCUUGGUCCUGAGCUUGAGGUUCAUGAGCCUGUGGUUGAAGGUGCUCCUGUUGAGCCCGAAGUUGCUGUUCCUGAGCAAUCCGAGGCUGAGCCUAUCGAAGCCUCUCGUGAGCUUGAUAUUGAGCCUUUGGUUGAAGCAGCCCAGGAAGCAGAAGUUGGUAACGCUUCUGAGCCCGAGCUUGCUCAGUUGGCGCCUACCGAAAGUGAACAGGCUGAGGACACUGCCUCAUCAACUAAAAAGGCUAAACGCGACAAAAAGAAGCAGAAGAAGAAAUCUAAAAAUGCAUCUACUUCUGAAGUGCCUGCAGAUGAUACGGUCGUUGCUCAGCCUGAGGAUGAUACUUCUGCCUCCAAGGAGAUUGAGGGCCAACAAGAAGACAAAGCACCUGCGCCUGCCGAAGAGAUUAUGGCUGCGCCCUUCCCCGAGGAUAUUGCUACUUCUACCGAAUCCCUUGAGAACUCCUCUGACGAGCCUGCGAUCUCAUCUGCUACCAUUAAUGAAGAGCAAGCUCGAAGCCAACAGGAAUCCAGAGAGCUGGUUGAGCCUGUGGAACAGGUAUCUGCUGAAGAAUCCAUUCUACCUGUUUCCGAAGAUUCCAGUCUGCCCAUCGAGGAAGAGCAGACCCCAGAGCCUGCUUUCACUGACGCUGAUGAAACCCCAAUUACCGGUGCCACUCAACCAGAAGCGGAGGAACUAUCUCGCAGCCUGGAAGAGACCGAGAAGCCAACUGAAUACUCUCCUCCAGAGGCCCCUCUCAAUGACACCAUGCCUGAAAUUACUGAAACACCCAAAGAAGACACUGAAGGCGAAGACAACUUCGAAGAGGCUGUCGAAGAACAGAUUCCACAGCCUGUCGAAGAAAAGGAGCUUGCACCGGAGCCUCCCAUCGAAGUGGCUGCAGAUACCCCCACAGAGGGGUCAGAAACAAAGGCGGAGAAGCGGAAAAACAAGAAGAAAAAGAAUCGCAAAUCCGCUGCGGUCGAAGAGACUCAGAUUUCCGCUGAAACGCCCGCUCCCGAGACUGAAUCCCAGCCAGAAAUCCAAGAGCUCGAACCCGAGCAAUCAGCUGUUUUCGGUCCUGCGGAUACCCAAUCCCCUCCAAUUGGCGGUGAAGCCUUACCUUCUGAUCCUGAACAUCUUGAACAGCCAACCAAGGAUGUUGAGCAGCCCUCCGAAGCCACCAUUGAAGAGCCUGCAGCUACUCAAGAGCAGGAGCAAGUUUCAUUGGAAGCUGCUGUGGAUGCAACACCUACUGUGACCGAGCCGGUGGGGCCCACGGGGCCAUCCGAUGAACUGUCACAGCCAGCUGUCAUCGAUGUCCAGCCCAAUGCUGAACUCCCGGAACCUUCUGAGGAGGCUUCUCGCGAAAUUCCAGAGCCUUCUGCUGUUCAGACUCAACCUGAAGCUGAAGUUCAAGCUGCACCUCAAGGUGAAGUUGAAGCCGAGCCUGAAGUAGCCUUGACUGCGGCUCAGAAAAAGAAGGCCAAGAAGAAUAAGAAGAAGGGCAAGCAGAGUGACUCUGCCAUUCCUGACGACGAGAAGCCUGCUGAGUCUACCUCGCCGGCACCUGUAAUUGAGGCUGUCGCUGAGGAUAUAGCCAAGGAAACCCCUCUUGUCACAGAAGACGCACCAGUGGAUGCGCCUACUCAAGAACACGAGAUGGAUCUGCCCGUCGAGGUCGAACAAUCGCUUGAGCCGGAGCAACUCCCCGAGCCUGAGCAAAUUUCUGAAGUUGUGCCGACCCAGGAACAAGCUUCUUCUGGCCCUCUUCCGGAACCAGCGGCAGAGGCAACAGAGGCAGAGGCAGCCAAAGAAGAGCAUAUCGUAUCAGAGGAGCAGCCUAAAGCCGAAGAAUCUCCUGCCGAGCCAGAGGUCCCUAUGACCGCUGCGGAGAGGAAGAAGGCUAAGAAGGCGAAAAAGAAGCAGCAAAAGGAGCAGGAAGAGAGCACUGGCUCUACUGCUGAAGAUAUCAAGCCUAUUGAGACUGUGCCUGUGCCCGAUGCUGAAUCAGCUGAGCCAAGCAAGGAUAUUGCGCCUGCCACGGAAAUUGAUGAUGUUGCUCCAGCAGACUUCUCCGCGCCAGUGUAUUCCGAGCCUGCUCAGACUGAACAGGAUGUUGCGCCUACAUCUACAAACGAGCCUGAGGCAGCCCCAGUCACUGAAGAUACUCUUCCGCCAACCGACACUGAGACUGUCGAGCCAACGAAAGACAUCGAGCCUCUCGCUGAUGCUGAGCCCCCGGUAGAAGACGCUGCUCCAUCGUCUGAGAUCGAGGCCACCGAAGUUGUCUCCGAUGUUCCACUUGUAUCGGAAGAAGCCACCGCUCUUGUCGAUACGGCCCAAGACCUUGACCAGCAGGACGAUGUCGUUAAGGCAGAGGAGCCGAAGAGCGAGGAUGUGACCCCAGCGCCCACAGAAGAACCCUCGGUGGAUGCUGCAGAGACUGAUAUCCCCAAAGCACAAGAACAAUCUCCCGAACCCGAGGUUCUAAUGACUGCUGCCGAGAGGAAGAAGGCCAAGAAAAACAAGAAAAAGCAGCAGAAGCAAGAGUCUGUGCAGCUUGAUGAGCAGCCCAUGCCUGAGGCUGAGCCUACUUCUACCGAGGAAAAGAGUGUCGAACAAUCUGGUGACAUUUUGCCCGAGAGUGAGGCCACACCUACCGCAGAAGCUGUUGCGGGUGUUGAUCACCCCGCAGAAUCCGAGGCAACCCGUGAUCUUGAAGCCGAGACUAAGCCUGAAGAGGAACAAGCUCAGGAUGUGCCAAUUCUCGACUCCGAACUUGAUCCCGAGGCACCCGCCGACGAGGCCAUUCCUACCCCGGAGAUUGCUGAACAAGCUAUUGAUGUUCAAGAUAGGGACAAAGAAACCGCCCCAGAGCCUACAGUUGAGGUUCCUGCUUCCACGGAAGACCUCCAAGAAGAACAAAAACUUGAGUCAGCCACCAGCGACCAGCCUACUUUAGACAAGUCUCUUGAUGACAAGCCCGCUGAGUCUGCACCGGAGCCAGUUGUGGAGGAGACUCAGCCUACAGAGUCCACAGAAAGUCCAGUGGCGGAGCAGGCUGAAGAUGAACAGGCGGCAACUUCUUCCAAGUCGAAGAAGAAGAAGAAUAAGAAGAAGAAGGGCCAAUCAGUUGCCGCUGAGGAGGAGCAGCCUGCACCCGCCGAGGAAGAGGCCAAGCUAGUCCCUACCGAAGAGGAGCCUACACCUGUGCCUGCUGAAAAUGAAACCACUGAACCCGCGCCAUCUCAAGAGCUUGAACAGUCUUCUAUUGAUAAAGAUGCGGAUACUCCUAUUGUGGCGGAAGAGGCGCCUAAGGCCGAAGAGACCACGCAGCCAGAGGUCCCUGCAGAUGCAGCCGAUACAACCGCUACCGAGGCCGCUGACGAGGCAUUAAUGACUCCUGCUCAAAAGCGGAAGGCGAAGAAAGAUAAGAAAAAGCGCCAAUCAGUUGCAGUUGAAGAGGAGCAGCCUACAACCGCUGAGGAGGAGUCCAAGGCCGUCCCCAUUGAGGAAGAGGUUAAGCCUGCACCCGCUGAGGAAGAGGUCAAGCUUGAACCCGCCGAAGAGGAGCCUACACCUGUGCCUGCUGAAAAUGAACCCACUGAACCCGCGCCAUCUCAAGAGCUUGAACAGCCUUCUCUCGAUAAGGACGCGGAUACUCCUAUUGUGGCAGAAGAAGCGCCCCAGGCCGAAGAGACUACACAGCCAGAGGUCUCUGCCGAUAUAGCCGAUACAACCGCUACCGAGGCCGCUGAAGAGGCAUUAAUGACUCCUGCUCAGAAGCGAAAGGCCAAGAAAGAUAAGAAAAAGCGCCAAUCAGUUGUUGCCGAAGAGGAACAGUCUGUGCCUGUUGAUGAGUCCAAGCUUGAACCAGCUGAGGAAGACGUCACACCUGCACCAGUUGAAGAGGAGCCCACGCCUGAAUCCGACCAGGCAGAAGUCACUGAGCCUUUGUUGACUCAGGAAUCCGAACAGGCCGCUGUUGACAAAGAUGCGGAGACUCCUAUUACGACAGAAGAAGCGCCUGAAACUGGAGAUGCCUCUCUCGAAGAUGUCACGCAGCAGGAUGCUUCUACCGAUGCAGCCGCUACUGAAGCCGCUGAAGAGGCAUUAAUGACUCCUGCUCAGAAGCGAAAGGCCAAGAAAGACAAGAAAAAGCGCCAAUCAAUGAUCGCCGAAGAGGAACAGCCUACGUCUGUUGAGGAGCCCAAGCCUGAAUCCCCUCGGGAAGAGCCCAUUGAGCCUGAGUCGACUCAGGAAACCGAACAGGCCGCCGUCGACAAAGAUGCAGAGACUCCUAUUAUAACAAAGGAAUCGCCCAAGGCCGAAGAACCGUCUCCGGAAGAGACCAUGCAGCUAGAAGGCCCUACUGAUGCAGCUGCUACCGAGGCCGCUGCUCAGGCUGCCGAAGAGGCUUCAAUGACUCCUGCUCAGAAGCGGAAGGCUAAAAAAGAUAAGAAAAAGCGUCAAUCAGUUGUCGCUGAAGAGGAACAGCCUGCGCCUGCUGAGGAGCCCACGCCUGUUGAUGAGCCCACGCCUGUUGAGGAGCCCACGCCCGAAUCCGCUCAAGAAGAGCCCACUGAGCCUGAGUCGACCCAGGAAACCGAACAGCCCACUGUCGACAAAGAUGCAGAGACCCCGUUCAUAACAGAAGAAGAAGCGCCCAAGGCUGAAGAACCCUCUCUCGAAGAGGUCACGCAGCAGGAUGCCCCUGCUGAUACAGCUGCUGCCGAGGCUGCGGAGGAGGAGGAGGCAAUGACCCCCGCCCAGAAAAGGAAGGCCAAGAAAGACAAGAAAAAGCAACGCAAGUCUGUUGCUUUCGACGACGAUGCCACUCCGACCGAAGAGCCCAAGCCAGAGCAGGAUUUAUCGGCACCUGAAGAUAAGAUUGAAUCUCAGGAUGCUCCGGCCGACUUGGUUAUGUCUGAAGAAUCAGCCAAGGAGCUGCCAGUGACUGAAGAAGUUGCCGAGCCUGCUGCUGAAGGGGAAGUCUCAGAGAAGACAGAAGAACCUGCUUCCUCUGAACAAAGCAAGGAGAUCACCGAGGAUGAGCUAGUCUCAACUGCUGCUCCCGACACCCCCAUUCCUGCCGAAGCCGAGGAGCCAAAGUCCGCAGCGGAGUUGCCAGAGCAGCCGGAACAAGAUGCUCAGACUCCAUCAGAGCCCCAGUCUCCGAGUGCACAAGAGCCCGAAGUUGCCUUAACUGCAGCGCAGAGGAAGAAGGCGAAGAAGAACAAGAAGAAGGGCAAAUCUGUGGACUUAGCCGACAAUGCCCUUGCCACAGACGCAGCGCAGGAAUCUGAGCCUAAAUCUGAGUUUAUUGUUCAAACUUCCACCGAUACUCCGCCCGAGACCCCGGGGUUGCAAGAUACUCCAGCCUCUGAGACAGCACAGCCCGCCGCAGGUCUCGAGAAAGAAAAUACCAUCGAGGCUGAAACUCCCAAAGCCGAGGAACUCGAGACAACAGAAGCCGUAUCCGACGAUGUGCCGAAAGAGGAAUCUCCUGACGCCAAGGAGACCGACAACGAACCUCCGGCGACUGAGGCGAUUGUGGAUGCUGAGCCAACUGCCUCCCAGGAAGAAGAGGCGAUUGCCCCUUCUCCCACCGAGCCGACCGAAGAAGCUGGAAUGUCAGCCAAGGAGCGACGCAAAGCUGCCAAGAAAGCGAAGAAACGCCAGUCCAAGAACGUUGACGGCGAUAACGACGCCGCAACAUCCGAUUCACCUUCUGCCCCGGCAACCGAGCCUGCUACACCCAUUGAAGCGGCCAACAGCGUCGAAAAGGUCCUCACCUCUACGGACACAGACGCCCCUGGACUUUCAGCCGUAACGGCGUCCUCGCCUGCGGAACAUGACGGUAAAGAACAUCAGUCCCACGACAUAGAAACUUACGACGCCACGGCGCAAAAUACAGCCUCGACUGAUAAAUACAUGUCUUCGCAGCCCGUGCUUGAGCGUUCAGUUGAUUCCGGCGAGUUGGUGGAGGGAAAUGCUCAGCAGGAGGGCGAUGUUGCCCCUACUGCACAUGAGCGAGAGGGAGAGUUGGCUGAGCCUGCACCCCUUGAGGAGGAAAUGAAGCCGGUUGAUGAUGGUGAGAACGUUGAGGAGAAAUCGUCUGUGCCGGAAGCAGGCGAUCUUUCCGCGGAGAAAGAGAUUGAAGAGACGCCUGUGGAAGUGCCGAUUGAUGUUGUUCCUGAGGCACAGACACAAGAGGCUCCUGUGGAGGAGGAAGAAGCUUCUGAGACAGCUGUGUCGAAGAAGCAGAAGAAGAAAAACAAGAAUAAAAACAAAAACAAAAAACAAGAGGAGGAAGCUGCAGCACCUGACCCUGAGACCUUUAUUGCAGAGGACAAGGAGCAGCCUGAAGCUGCGCCUUUGGUUGAGGACGAGCCCCAGCCGGAGGUAAAGGAAAUCACUGAGUCUGAGCCUAUUGGCGAAGGCGAACUAGUGCCAGUUCCAGAGGAGCAACCGGCAGAUCACCUACAGGACAUUGAAGAGGCUGCCGCUGUCCAGCCAACCGAGGAAGUUGAUGACACCAAGGAGACCAGUGUCCUAGAAGCCGAGGCUGUUGCUCUUCCUGCUGAAGAGACCACGCAUCCAGAGGCCCCUGCCGAUGCAGCCGCCAUCGAGGCCGCCGAAGAGGCAUCAAUGACUCCUGCUCAGAAGCGGAAGGCCAAGAAGGACAAGAAGAAGCAACACCAAUCAGUUCUUCCUCCAGAACCCGAAUCUGAGCCCCAGCCCGAGGAACAGCCAGCACCCGAGGCGACUGAAACUUCUGUCCAAGAGACUGAGAUUGUCACCGAGUCAGCGCCUGCCGAUAUUAUCACGCAUGAUGAGGCUGUUACUAGCGCAGAGGAGCGUACAUUGCAGCCUAUUGAUGCCACCGAGGAGGCCGCCAAGGAUCUUGUAACACCUGAAGACACCGAACAACAUGUGCCAAACCAAGAAAUCGAAAGCGGAGAGCGUUCUCUUGAACUUCCUUCCAUUGAAUCGAAGAUCGAGGAAGGAGACAAGCCAGCUGUGGAAGCUGCCGAAAUCCCGGCCGAGACUCCAGAUGACAAGCAACCUAGCGAACAAGCGCCGCCUGAAGCCGCCCCUGAGCCCGAAGGGGAAUCGGCGACAGUCCCCAAGAAGAUGAGCAAGAAAGAGAAGAAGAAGGCUGCUGCUGCUGCUGCCGCCGCCCUUCUCGAGGAAGAAAAACUCGGCGGGUCACAACCUGAAGCUGAGGAGCCUUCUAACAUCACCCCUCAAGCUCCAGAGGAAGUGGUAGAGCAACUUAUCGUUCAAGAGCCGCAGCCUUCAGAGACCGAGGACAAGCUCCUGCUUGAGGCAGAAAAGAGCCUAGGCCAAACAACACAUGUGACAACUUCCGAGCUGAAAGAAGAUGUCCUGGAGCAGCCUGUUGAGGUUCCCAAGUCUACUGAGCCUCUCGAAUUCGAGGACAAACCGGAAGAGUCUACAAAGGAGCUAGCCGACGAGCCAGCUGCGGCAGAUACUAUUACUCGGAAAAAGUCAAAGAAGGACAGGAAAAAGGCCAAGAAACAAGACAAGCAAGAAGUAAUUGAGCCGGCUUCCCCUCCUACUGAGGAUCGUGUUCCUACCACCAAGCCUGCAACUGCAAAGGCUGCUCCUGAACCAGAGGCGGCUUUUGAGGGAACACCCACGGACAUUGUUCCUACCACUCAGCCUGCAACUACAGAGCCUGCUUUUGAACCAGAGGCGACUCUUGCAGAGACCCCAACUGAGACUAUUACUGGGCCUGAAUCCAUUGCCCCGGAAGAAAUCGAGGAGGCUCCCAAGCCCGAGCCUGAAAACAUCGAACCCCCGGCUCUUGAGGGUUUGAGCAUCGUAUCGGAAGACAGGCAACCCUCAGAGAGCGAGAAGAAUGAAGGAGUCGCCUCUCUGGACACAGUCGAUACGCUUUCACCAGCGGAACCCACUGACCAAGAUACCAACAAUGAGCCCCUUGACACCGAGAGUCCUGCUGAUGAGAAGAACCAGGAAGAUCAAGCCCACGUUGGGGCCGAUGCAGGGGAUCUUGAGAAAACAGCUGAUCUCGAGGUCGUCGAGGGCCUUGUUGAGGAUCGACCUGGAGAAUCUGGAGUGAUACCGGCUCUGUCGAAGAAGAUGUCAAAGAAGGACAAGCGCAAGGCCAAGAAAAAUGCCGGCAUCACCGAAGAAGUCUCGACUCAACAACAAGAAGAGCUUCAGGCUGAUAUGACUGAGUUGCCCACAGAGCCUGUUUUGGAGCAAGAGAUUCCCGACGAACCUGAACAUGCUGCAGAACCUCAACCUACAUUGGAGCGAGAGCUGUCAACCGAGGCUCCCCUACCGAUUGAGGAUCAGCCUAUACCAGAGCCAGAAGUUCAGGUUGAGCUCACGCAACCCGAGGAAGAGCCCGCCGCCAGUGAGGAACUUCCUCUUUCACGCAAGGCCUCGAAGAAGAAGGCCAAGAAGGCCCAAAAGGCUACCAAAUCCCUGGAUACUGAGCCACCGGCUGAAAACGCGAUCGAUGCGGAUCAGCAUGCUACCAUUGUGCCGUUUGAAGAGGACCAAUCCAAGGCACAGGACCUAGAAGCGCCAGACGAAAAGUCGGCCCAUAGCGAAGAAGACUGGCCCGCAAUUGACUGGCAGGCCAAGUUUGAAGAGUCCCAGCGAUUAAGGGAAGCGGACCCUGAACCUGAGCCGGACAUUCCACCUCCCGAGCCGGAGAUUAUUUCUGAAUUUGUUGAGUCUUCAUUCCCCGAAGUUUCGCAAGAUCCAAACGAAGCUGCGGAGCAAGAUGAUUGGGCUUUGCCGAGCAAAAAGGACAAGAAGAAGGCCAAGAAGAACAAGAAGCAAUCACAGCAAGCUGCUCCGGAAGUCGAGGAGCCUUCACUGGAACCCUUCAACGACAAAGAGAUCGAGCCGCCUGCUCGAACAACUACUCCGGGUGGGUCUAAGAUUGCCAACUUAUUUCCCGGCCUCGAGCGUGCCGGAUUCCGGCGAUCAGCUUUGGACCAAACACCGUCGCUAAAAGAUAGUGCUGAGGAAGAGACAACAGCGGACUUGGAAGCGAAUCGCGAUAUCGCGAUCCCUGUCUCGGAAGCACCCCUAGCGACCACUGAAACCAAAGAAAUUGCCGAAGAUUUCACCUCGGAGCUGCCUAGCAGUCUCGAAAGACAAAUUGAGUCUACAAUCUCGGAGCUGAAAGCUCACUCCGAAACUCCUACUGCUACGGAGGAUGAAUCAAUCAGAGAGCCAGAACUUCCGACGUAUGGCGAAAAGUCCUUGGAUGAGCCAUUGUCAUUGUCAAGGGAACCCUCCAAUGAGCGGACUCGUACCGAGGAACCUUCUUCUCCUACACGCCUUCCACCCCAGGCGGAAGCUGGAGAGGAACUGUGUGAACUACGCCGAUCACCAUCAAUCCAUGGACGGCACCAGCACCCACCCAGAACCUGGAGUUUGGAAGAACCAUCUCUACAAGCUCUUCCUGCCCCCUCCCCUCCUCGGUCGCUCUUCGGAGGGCCGACCGACGAUUAUGUGCGACCCCGGACUCCGCUUGAUACAAUCGCGGAACAAGAACCACGGGAUGGCCAGGGAGCGUCCAUGGCUCGUCGCGGGACGCCCCGCCUGGAGCUGAAGCCCGAACAUGUCUUACCUCGACCUCAGACACCCGUCCGGAAAUUUACAGACAAUGCCUUUGAUCGAGAAACUUGGCCGACAGAAAACCAAAAAGGCGAGGAUUUCAAACCCGAAAUUCUAAAAACGCCUGAGCAAGGGAUUCCAAUUCUGAAGCCCAGCACCAGCAGCGGAAAAUUACGUCGUGCAAAUCGCAGUAUUAGUGGCGAUCUGCGGGCGGCUAGUCGAGCGCUAGAUUCCCAGCCUUCGAAUCUCGAUCUCGAUCAGCUCCCGUCUUCUUCCUCUUACGACCCCGUCACCGACAAGGGCAAACGUCCGCUGCGAAAUAUGUCGGAUGUCUAUGAGGGAUGGGGUGAAACGCCCAACUCCCCACGGUCGCCCAGCCGACCGCCUAGUGUCCGCCGCCGUCGCAGCAUGCAACACUUGCAAGAUAUCGAAACCCGCCUCGACCAGCUCAUCUCUGAAAACCGUCUACUGAUCGCCGCCCGCGAUGAAGCCGAAGAUAAGCUGCGGAAUACCAGCGUCGCUCGUCGAAAGAGCGACCGUGCCCUCAACACCCGCGACGGCGAUCUGCGCGAUCGGGAAUCGGAGGUGGAACAAUUGAAGAACUCGGUGGAAUGGCUGCAGAAGGAGAUGACUCGUCUGACCCAAGAGAACGAGGGGCUGACCGCAUCUAACUCUGCUCUCGCCGCCGCCCACGCAGCCGAGGUCAACACCGUACGCGAGUCGUCCACACGCGAACUUGCCGACUUGCAGUCGCAACACACUCAACUCUCGUCCCAGAUAGAGGAUCGAGUUCGACAGGAGAUCGAGUCGGCUCUUGCGCAAAAAGACAUUGAAUUGCGCCGUCUGCGCACCGAACUUGAGGAGGCUCGCGAUAAGGUGAAGGAGCUCCAACAACAAAUCGCAGCCUCGGUACAUGACAAUGCCCUUGUCUUCCGCGAUGAAGAGUACUUCGAUGCGGCCUGCCAGAAGUUGUGUGGCCAUGUCCAAUCUUGGGUCGUGCGCUUCUCUAAGCACAAUGACAAGCGUCGCUGCCGCCUACUCAGUGAGUUGCAGGACGAAAAGAUCGCAGACCGUUUCGACAAUGCCCUUCUCGACGGCUCGGAUCCCGAUGCCUACCUAUCUGAUCGUGUCCGCCGCCGCGAUGUCUUUAUGUCGGUGGUCAUGACGAUGGUCUGGGAAUACAUCUUCACACGUUAUCUCUUCGGCAUGGACCGGGAGCAGCGUCAAAAGCUCAAGUCUCUUGAGAAACAAUUGGGCGAGGUUGGCCCAACCCGUGCUGUGCAUCGCUGGCGAGCCACCACUCUCACACUGCUGUCCCGGCGACCAGCCUUUGCUGCGCAACGUGAGAGCGAUACGGAGGCUGUUACCCUGGAGAUCUUCCAAACCCUAUCGCGGGUCCUCCCUCCUCCGUCACAUGUUGAAUCCCAGCUCCUGGAUAACCUCCGCAAGAUCAUGCGGGUAGCAGUCAGCCUGUCCUUGGAGAUGCGCACCCAGCUGGCUGAAUUCAUCAUGCUGCCGCCUCUGCAGCCUGAAUAUGAUACCAAUGGCGACCUUGCACGCCAAGUGUACUUCAACGCAGCCCUGAUGAAUGAGCGCAGCGGUCUGACAAACGACAAUGGCGAGCUUGAAGCCCAACAGUCCAUUGUGCGGAUCGUGCUCUUCCCUCUGGUUGUCAAAAAGGGCAAUGAUGUGGGCGAGGGUGAUGACGAGGUUGUCGUCUGCCCCGCCCAGGUCCUCAUUGCCCGCCCCAGCAAAGACAAGAAAGUAUCAAGGAUGGUGAGCGGCGAUCGCAUGUCCAUCGAUCCUUCCAGAUCGGUCCACAGCAUUGCUCAAAGUAUUGCUCACAGUGUGGCACCGUCAUCUAUGAUGGACAUGAGCAAUGUGAUCUGAGGCGUCACACUCAGAUCAUGAUUGCUCCCAUCUUUAUAUGCACCCUUGCUGCAUCCUUGCUCUUAUUGUCUAAUAUUUGUUUUCUUCUCUCGCCGAUUGGUGAUAUGGCGUCAAGGUCAUUUAACGUAACGGUCAUUGCAAGGCCGAUGACCGUGAAUAUGUGGAGUUAUUUGGUUUUUUAUUUUCCUGUUUCUAUUUGAUUUUCUUCUGUGUUCUUUUCUAAGACAAUGUGUUAGCCCCAUGUGUAUUUACCAUGGCUUUGAUGUCUUAUGAGUGAUGACCUGUACUUCUGGUAUGGCAG